AUGGUCAAGCGUGAUGGUUUGGGUAGUGGCCGAAAUGCUCCCCGACUACCCAAGCAGCAAUUGACCAUUCUCGCAAUAUGCCGUUUUGCUGAGCCUGUGGCUAUGACUUCGGUCUACCCAUACAUACCAGAGAUGAUCAAAUCCUUCCACGUACCCACAAACUCCAUCGCGAAGUACGCCGGAUUACUGUCAUUGGUCUUCUCACUGUCUCAGGCGCUGGUUGGUAUAUCAUGGGGCCGAGCCAGCGACAAGAUCGGCCGAAAGCCUACAAUCAUGAUCGCAUUGUCUUGCACUAUGAUGUCCUCGUUGCUUUUCGGUUUCAGCACUAGUCUACCAAUGGCUUUCCUUACCAGAUCUAUGCAAGGUCUUUCAAAUGGUAAUGUUGGAAUCAUACGCACAGCAGUCGCCGAGCUUGUUCCUCAGAAGGAGCUGCAGCCCAGAGCAUUCAGUAUAAUGCCUCUCAUCUGGACGAUUGGGUCGAUUUUUGGACCCUCGAUUGGUGGCACGCUCGUAUAUCCUGUCGAGCGCUUUCCCAAUAUCUUCGGAGGUGUCAAAUUACUCGAGCGAUACCCAUUCGCUCUGCCAAAUCUACUCAUCAGUUUCCUCUUCUUCGUUGGAAUUGCAUCUGGCAUUUUAUUCCUUAGGGAGACUCUCGAAGACAAGAAGGAUCGCAAGGACUAUGGACUUGUGCUUGGAUCGAUGCUCACAACAUCCUGCAGCGGACGCAAACGACCUGCUUGGUAUACUCGAGAAACAGACGAAGCAAGAGAAGCCUUUCUCAGAGACGACAAUACUUCACCUAUAGCUGCACGCCAUUCAAGUGCACCAGAACCAAGAGCCGGGUGGGCACAAGUCUUCACCUACCAGUCCAGCCUCAAUCUCCUCGUCUACACCUUCCUCGCCAUGCACAGCGUCUCCUUCGACCAACUUCUCCCCGUCUUCCUAGACUUCAGCCCCGUCCAAACCAUCGACGACCCCCGCGUCAAACUCCCUCUCAAAUUCGCCGGCGGCUUCAACCUCGACUCCAGCCGUAUAGGCUGGCUAUUCACCAUCUACGGCAUCUUCGGCAUGGUCGUCCAAUUCGCCAUCUUUCCACCCCUCGUGCGCAAGCUAGGCGUACUCAACUGCUACAAGGCCAUCGCGGUCACGUUCCCCUUCGUCUACAUCGCCAUCCCUUACACUUCGCUCCUACGAACAGAUACCCAGAGGCAAACGGUAAUGAUGGCGCUCAUGCUAAUCAAAGGCUUUUGCGCCAUCUUCGCAUUCCCCUGCAGCACGAUCCUGCUUACGAACAGUGCUGCGAGCUUGAAAGUUCUAGGUACGCUCAAUGGAGCCGCAACUAGUAUUUCGGCUUGUGGCCGGGCGGCGGGACCGGCGCUUGCGGGACUGAUGUUCUCGUUGGGAGCGGAGAAUGGGUACAUGAUAUUGCCGUGGUGGACUUUAGCAUUCAUCGCUUUGGUCGGCGCAGUCCCAGCUUGGUGGCUAGUUGAGAUGGAUGGGUUUGGAGGGCCAGAAAGUGAUGAUGACGAUGACGAAGAUAUGGCUGUUGACAGCGGAGACGAGGGAGACGAAAGCACAAACCGCAGUGCCAUUGGGCCUCAAAUUGACGCUAAAGCCACAAGCACCAGCCUCGCAGUCAGUCCUGCGGACAACGAUACUCUCCCAGAUAAUCUCCCUGCGCUUGCACACACGGCAUCUCGUGGGUCAGCGGGCCGAUCGAGUAGUAGGCGGGAGAGCUUCAGUCUUCGACGGAUGCAUAGCCCUGUGGGUAUGGGGGAGGAAGGACUUGCGACGAGGAAUCAGCGACGGUAUAGUACGGAUCUGGGCACGACGAUGACGGGGCAGGGGACUGGUGGUAGCUCGUUCAAUUAA